AUGGAGAAAUCUACUCAGAGUGGUAGUGAACUGCUGAAACAGAUAUCUGUGUUGGACACUAUCUUCUGGAUUAAUCGAGCUUGGAAAGCUAUUGAUGCAACCACAAUAAUGAAGUGUUUUGACAAGUGUGGGUUCGAAAAAGUAAGACAGACACCGAUUGAAACUGAGAGUCAUAGUGACUGUGAUUCGGAUGAUGAUAUUCCGCUCAUAAAGCUUGCACGUAGUCAGAGUAUAUAUGGUACAGGUAUCCGUGAAAUUAUCAAUGAUGAUAUUCCGACCUGUGACAAUAGUGAAAUUGAUUGGAAUCUACCUGCAACAGAACUGUUAAAUGUCAACGUAGACAGUGAUAGUGAUUCAGAACAUGAGGGAAAUGAACCUGAAAAUGACUCAAAACAGAAAGUUUGUUCAAUCCUUGAAGCUAGGGAAUGCAUUGAAAAAUUAAGGAACUUUGCAUGUGACAAGGGAAAUGCAAAACUCCUCGGUUGUGUGAUGGAAGUGUCAUCAAUUGUGUCAGACAUGAACUUUAAGACAAUGACUGUGCAAGCUAAAAUUAGUGACUUUUUAACGUCAUGA